AUGGGCCAAGGUGCCGCUGCAAUUCCUCAAAUACCGAAUUCAUUAUUGCCACGCAGAAGCACCAUUAUUUUUCUGGGUCUGUUGGUUAUUGGCGUGGUAUGUGCUUCGAAGGAUGAAACACCACCACCAACAACAAGUAUAGCAACGAGGGGAGCUGCUUCGAGGAUCUGCCUCUCCAACCAGAGUUCAGCACUUCUUCAAUUCAAGCAGAGCCUUGUCAACAUCGGACCUCGUUGGCUGAGCUCAUGGCAGCACAAUGGAUCCGACUGCUGUCACUGGGAAGGAGUUACUUGCAAUAACCUCACUGGCUUCGUCAUUGCCUUGGAGAUACAUGAUCUUUUUCUUCCCGACAUUUAUUACCCUUCACUUUUCUAUCCCAAAGGUAUCGCCAUUGACUCUUCCCUGUUCAAGCUUCGAUAUUUGCAACGUCUAGAUCUCAGCUACAACCUAUUGAACGGUGCCAUCCCCAAGAGACUCGUGGAACUCACCCACCUAACCCACCUCAACCUGUCCCAUUGUGGCUUCUCUGGUCAGAUCCCAGUAGAGCUGUCCCAAAUGACACGAUUGGUCUCUCUCGAUCUCUCAUAUAAUGAUGGCCUACUACUCCAGCAUCCUAAUUUCUCACAGCUUUUCAGAGGCUUAGUUCAUUUGGAGCACCUUCGACUGGAUAGAGUUGACGUCUCCAUGAGCUUAAGAGAUGUAAGCAUGAGCUUGUCGUCAUCUCAUGACCUGCAAACAUUCAGCUUGUCUGGGUGUAAUAUUUCUGGUCCAAUGGACGAAUCACUUCUCCAUUUUCAGUCAAUAUCUUACUUGGAUUUGGGGUCCAACAAACUUGAAAGUAGUAUUGUUGAAGGUUUAUGCUCGCUUGGGGACAUCACUUCGUUAAGGCUUCGUGCAAGUUUCAUGACCGGAGCAAUUCCGCCAUGUCUUUUCAGUCUUCCCUGUUUAAAGGAGUUGGACCUCGGUGGCAACCAUCUCAACUCUGGAAUCCCCAACCUGCAGCUCAGCCAGAUCGACUCCUCUCUGACUGAACUGGACCUAAGUGGCAACCGACUAACUGGGAGCAUUCCCUCAUCCCUCUUCAACCUCUCUUUUCUAGCAACACUAGAUCUCAGCCACAAUCUCCUAACAGAGAACAUUCCUUCAUCCCACUUCAAUCUCCCUUUCCUAAAAAAGUAG